CGCUCACCGUUAGUCAUACGCCAACCGUGGAGCGCAACACUACGCCCCUCAACGCCGCGCUUCGUCUUCAAUCGCCCCACCCCGACACUUGUCCGUUGAUCCUCUUAAACGUGUAGGCGCGUCGGACAAGACACUCCUCCCGCUAUGUCCUCCGACGAGACGGUGUCGGGGCCCCUUUGGGUCCUGGGAGGCCUGGCAUUUUUCUUCGUGUUGAAUCAACUGUUGCGCCUGGUCAUUCCCCUCAGCGCCCGCAACAGCGCCAAGCAGCAAUGGAAGUGGAAGAACACCUCUAUCUCCCUUGCCCAUUCGGUCAUCACGGGCACCUGGGCAUUGUUUUGCAUUUACGAACAUCCAAAACUCGCCGAAGACUUAAUUGACACAUACACUCCAUCAUCUCACAUUCUCAUCUCUUUCUCCGUUGGCUAUUUCAUCCACGACUUCUUCGACAUGGCCCUGUGCCACCGAAAGCGCUCGUCUUAUGAGUUGAUGGUCCACCAUGCUUGUUGCAUAUGCUGCUUUGGGUUGGCCGUGUGGACGGGCAUGUUUAUUGGGUAUGCUGUCGUUUCACUGUUUGUCGAAGUGAACAGUGUUUUCCUACACAUAAGGCAGUUGCUCAUCAUCACAGGAGUAGGGAAAGAAGAGGUGCGGUACCGUAUCAGUUCCAUGCUGAACAUUGGCACGUUUGCCAUAUUCCGUAUCGCUGUCUUAGGGUGGAUGACUCGGUGGAUUGUCUUGCACAAGGACGACCUUUCUUUGCCAGUCUAUACAUUAGGCAGCGUAGUUUUGGCAGUAAUAAUGCUGAUGAGUAUCGUGCUUUUCUGCCGCAUUUGUAUAGUGGACUUCACAAAGAAGAAACAGAGGGACCACACUAUGGUUGCUGAUAAUACCCACAAGAGAAAAGUAAAGGAAGCAGAAGAAGCACCAAGCGGGAUGUCGGGGAAGACAACUUUACAAGCGGCAAAGCUUUAUUCCAAUGCUACAAAUGUUCAUUUAGAUUAGACAAUUUCUCGCAUAAGUUCAUUCCUUGGUACAAUGAAUCAUGGUUUUUGCCAUGUGAGUUUUAAAUAAAUAUGUCACUCCUCACAGAGCUGCAUUUUGUUGUAGAAAUCAUACUUCAUUGAUUUCCUGAUGCUCAUGUUUCUGUACUGUAGUAUGUACUGUAAUUUCCUUAUGGUUCCUGAGAAUGUUCAGGUCGAUGGCCAACAUUAUCAGAUGCUUUUAGGUAGCUAGGUUUUGAUUACCUAAAUGUCUAUGUUUAAUGUAAGUUCCUUUUAAUGUUGUAUGACAAAGCAAGUCUUUCACAGUUUAUCUCAAUACAGAAAAGCCAUAGGGUGAUAAUGUACCAUUAGUUAAAUGCAUGUGUCACCAAUCAACAUCACAAGAAGACAUGGCAAUCGUGUGUUAAUGGAACUAUAAUGGAUUUAAGCAAACCACAUGCACCGCUGUAUACAGUAUACAUUUUACAUGAUAGAAAUAUACUGUACAUUAAUAUUGUUAUUAAACAGUAGAAUACAAUACUGUAUCUCAGGAUCAGCAUCACAAUUGCCUUGGUUGGACUUCUCUUUAUACUCGAGAGAUUUCUGAUUGCAUAAACUGCAUUGCCUUUGUAAGCUGACAGAUGCCUUUCUAGAGUACUGCAGCGCUCGUUCAUCCAUCUCGUAUUUAUUUCUUUACUGGAAUUGAGGCAACUCAUUGCUAGAGCUUUAGAUUACAGAUAUGUAGCUGUAUCUCUUCAGUGAAAAACAACUAGGCUAUUUAUCAUUUACUGAACACAGUGUACUGUAUAUUAUGAGUGUGUAUUGUGUAGGUUUGUAUAUGUGUAUAAACAAUGCAAAUAGUAAAGGAAAUGAAAAGAAAAGUGAGGAAAAUACAGGAAACUAAAGUUACUACACAUGUUACGUAUAGGAAAGUACCUAGAGACAUUUAGUAUUGAUACAUUUAGCAUUUACACUGCAACAUUCCAUUAUGAAAAAAGUGCAUAUAGAAUCAGAACUUAUCAGCUUCUCUAGUUGAUAAGUGGUAUUUAAUAGGGUGCAUUGGUCAGUGGUUAAGAGAUCCAACCCUUUGAGAAGAUGGAAAUUUUACUGCCAAAUUUAUAAGGGGAUUGGGAGUUCUUUUAAAUAUGUAUCCUGUGCAGUAUACAUGUUGAAGAAACUAAAUAUACAGUAUAGUUAAAUUGCAAAAAAAAAUUUUUGCAAUUCUUUGAAUUCUGAAGACAAUUGCUUUCAUUUAUGUUAUUUAAUUUAGGAAAUGUUGUCAAAAGUGAUGACUAAAAGAAAUACAUAUUGAAGAAAAAACUUUUUUAGGAGUAGUGACACCUUUUUGUGUAUAAAAUUUUAUAAGGUGAUUGCUUAGGUUUUAUUCAAAUUUAAAUUUGUUUCUCAUUGGAUCAUGGAGUCAGUGUACCGUAUAAAACAUAUAAGUCAUGGUAAUAUUAUUUUGAAUAGUUUUAAGUAAAACAAAUUUUUUCUUGUCACAAAUGUAUUUUUUAUUACUUUUUUAAAGCAUUAUUUUCUAUAUUCAAGCCACCUGAGAUGUUUUAGCUUUCAACCUUGAAAGCUACUGUGAUCAAAUAUUUACUAGUUCUUACUGUGUAUUUUGAAAAGCCAAGGUCACUCAAUAUUGUAAUGUAAGAGGAAAUACUGGAUAGUUUAAGGCAUUAAAAUGUGGUUUAAAGCUUUUAUCAACAUUGCAGAGAUCAAAAGCAACAAAGUUAGAAAUACGUAGCUUAAGUAGCCCUAAUACUGACAGCUAUCUGUAACUGUUACCAAUUAUAACUCAGUCUACUGUGGGAACAGAAAACUGAAAUUAUAGCCGAGAUUAAGAAAAGGUCUAAACAUUGCUGCUGUAUUAGGAAAUAGUAUCUGUCAUAAUUAAACUGUACCAGGGUGACACAUAAUCAAUCAGACUUUUUGCUUGUAAUACACGAGCAAUUUCUGUUUAUUAUGUGGUAAACCUCUAUGUUGUAUAAUGAAAAGAGAAAGAAUAAGUUGUGCAGCAGUCAUCCAAGUACUGUAACAUAAUACAAGGAACCUAAUCAGGAAAAUGAAAUUUUUUUCAAGUAGAUUGAACUACUUGGAAGGGUUGCCUAUUAUGUAAGCAGUGCUAAAUUGAAAGAUUAUUUUGAGCUAGGUAAGUAAACAAUUGUGAUAUGUGUACCACUGUGGCCUGAAUGUUUCAGUUUUUUUUACACUGAAGCGAGGAUUUAUAUUUUACUAUAUAGUAAGAUGAAGGUUGUGAAUCUAGAUUCGUAGCUUACACACCUUGGAAAAUAAUAAUAAAAAAAAGUGGGAGAAAACUGUACUAUAUUAGUAUAAAUCUAUACAUUUGUAGUUGUUGCACAAACUCAUACAUACUCUUGUUAAAUUUAGUGUUGGCUGAAUGGCUACAUUGAGCAUGGUGCUUGAAAAUUUGUAUUCUGAUGUACAGUAGUACUGUAUUUAGUUAAAAAAUUAUCAUUGUAUUGAUUUUCCUGUAUGUUUGUGUGUAUAUACACACACACACAGAGGCAGUCCCUGGUUUACAACGGUUCCGGCUUACGAUGUUCCAAGGUUAUGGUGCUUUUUGAAUUUAUUUAUUAAAAUUAUUUCCCAGUUUACGACAUGUUCUGGGGUUACAACACUCAUGAUGCAGAUCCAAUGGAAGAAAUAUGACUUCAAAAAGACAAAAUAAUAUUUGGAGGGUUUUUUAUGAAAAAUGCAAUAAAAAUGUAGUUUAUGUAGUUUACAAUACACCCAAAGCAUCAAAAGUAAGGUUUUCUUAGGAUUUUCGACAAUGUUUAGGUUUACCAAGACGAUUUGCGGUUUAUGACUAUUUUCAACUUACGACUCCCUGCGAAAACAGAAUCCAUGUUGUAAACUGGAGACUGCCUGUAUAUAUAGUUUAUAGACUAAUGGUUCUCUAAACUUGUCUAAUUGUUUAAAAUUUAUUGAUUUCCCUGGAUUACAUUAUAUAUAUAUAUAUAUAUAUAUAUAUAUAUAUAUAUAUAUAUAUAUAUAUAUAUUGCUUUUGUUGAAAUUCCCUAAUAUGACACCUACCUCUGUGUUAAGCAAGUGAGCGUGAGGAAUCCUAACUCUGGUCAUUACCUUUGAUUCUUUUAAGCAUAUGCUUUACCAGUUUUUUCAGCUGAAUAAUGUACCAUCACUGAAUAAUUAUUUACUAUACUAAUACAUAAUUGAUGUAUGAGAAAUACUUGCAUUGCAUUCCAUGUGAUUGAACUUCAUUAAUAUCUGAUACUAUGAGUGAACUCAUUCAUUUUAAUCACCAGUGAUUAACCACAAAAAUAGUACUCUGAUGAACAAAAGUAGAAAGCUUUUAUACAAUACAGUAUUUUCUGAAGCUUGAAGCUUUUGAACUUACCAUAAAUGCAACCAUCAUUGGUUUUCUCUUACUUAUAGAAAUUUCCUGCGACAGCUGUGUCUUGCAGUUUUUUCACAUGAAGUUAAGUGCAUUAAUGUAACAGGUGCCCUUUAGCCUGAUAUAUUCAAAUAUUUCAUGUGGUACAGAGUAGAAGUUAAAGUGGUGCUAUUCAAAGAAACAAAAGCUAAAGUAUGCUGAGGUAUGUAUUAAUACUAAUGGUGUUCAUACUUUUUAUGAAAUGGCCGAUUACAAGUAGCAUUUUUAACAUGGAACAGUUUACUUGGAAGGAUCAUUUGAGAACAGUAACAUGCUUUUGGAAGUAUUUUUUGUUGAUAUAACUUUUGUAGUCCAUGUUCUAUGCUCCCACAGAUUUGAACAAUUAAUUUUAGGUUUGUUUUGAAUGAUUUCAAGAGUAAGGCAUUUUUAAUUUUGUCCUGUAAAUAUGUCUGACGUCAUUCUUGUAGUAAUAUGUUUGUCACUUGUGUAGAAGAGUAGAAUUUCUGAAGGCCAUUUGUGUCAUGUAACCCUGUGUCUAGUCAUGAGCACAUCAUUGUGUUUUGUACAAAAAUAAAUACAGACAAUGACACAUGUAGAUGUUAUUCAUGCAGAGAUGUUUCAAGUUUCCCAGUUCCUUAGGACAAGUUAUGGUGAUUUCUUUGGCUUUUUAAUUUUUCUGAUGAUUUAAGGGACGUGCGGACGCCAUAAGGCCCUUAUUAUAACAUGUUUGCUUCUUGACCUUGUGGUCUGUGGGAUUUGCUUCAGAUUUUCACCUCUAAAGUUCAUGUAAUUUUAGAACAAACCUGAAUCUGUUUUUCAUUUAUUUAUGUAUAAGAAAAGUUACAGAAUAAAAUAUUUUAUCAUAGACAAAUAUAAUUUAAGUUGUUAUAAAUUUAUCAUUAGUUGUACUACAAACCAAAAAAAUUUCAUUGAAUUGUAUGUAGUAGUCAUCUCGGAUAUGAAUUUUUACUUUUUUGGAUUAGAAGUUUUAAGAAAUCUUAAAAAAAAAAAAUUUUAUUGUUAUAACUUAAAAAUUUUGAUAGGUAGAAAGCUAAUUUUUUUUUUUUUGGUGAAAGCGCUUCUACAAAUGAGAAAUAUACCUUGACAUACAAUUCCCUUUGGGAUAAAUCCAUACCAAGGUAAAGUGAAUUUAAUGUUUUAUCUGUGUGAGUGACAAAUUAUCAUAACUGUAUGAUCUAAUCACUGAUACAUGGAAGUUGUGAUUUUUUUUUAGUCACUACAAUAUUUUAUGUAAUUUCAUUUAAAUGCGAGGGAUUGUUGAGAUUAUUUGUUGCUCAAUGAAAAAAGCAAAAUUGUCAAAAACUGAAAAAUUUUGUUGAGUAGUACAGUAACACUUUAGGAUAUGUUUAUUUGGAUACUGAAGUAUCCAAAAAUGUUGAUAACUAAUUUUUGGUAAUUUCUCAACAUUUGGUCAUUGGGAGAAAAUGAUAUUGUUAGUAUACAAUUAAGUUUUGUACAUACUUACCCGGCAGAUAUAUACUUAGCUAUAGUCUCUGACGUCCCGACAGA